CUCCCAUCUCAACCGAUGGAGGUGGUGUCACCCACGCCAGCGAAAUCCGUUCUCCCUUCCCAUUCUUCUCAUUGUUCACGUCCUUCUUCUUUUUCUUCUUCUUCUUCUUCUUCUUGGAUCUCUUCUCCUUAUAAUAUAUCGAAUGGUUCGAUCGGGUCCUCAAAUUCUCGUCAUGGAGGAUCUAGGCUUCGGAUCAUCAGCAGAAUUGGUGACAGAGUGCCGUGGAAGAAUCAAGGUGGAACUUGUUCCAGUAGCAGUACUAGCAGUGGCAGUAGCGCAUGCAACGGCAACGGUGGCUUUGGGUUUGUAUUAGGUGAGAGAGUAGAGGAGAAAAGGAGGCGUGAAAGGGCGGCGAGAGUUGUGAUAUGCGGUGCAGGGGCGGGAGGGAUCGGUAGGGAAGAAGAAGCAAUCCGGAUCCCGGAGAGAGCAAAGGUGGUGGCUUUGGUGUCCUUGGUGAUGUGCCUCUGCAAUGCCGAUCGCGUCGUCAUGUCCGUCGCCGUGGUCCCCCUCGCCGCCAAAUAUGGCUGGUCCAGUUCCUUCCUGGGGAUCGUCCAGGUCAGCUCCUUUUCCACCUCUCAUGCCAUGCCAGUAUGCCACCACUAA